CCUGUUUGGGAUUUGUUGCGGGAAAACCAACUUGUUGACAUAUUUGAACGGUUCGUCUCCACUUUCAGCGAUUGAGCGCUGUGUUUUCACAUGAAAUAAGGAUUUAACUCAUCCAGGUACCCCUGACCUCUGGAGAUCCUCUUCAUCAGUGUCAAUGGAGUCAGAGGGGACUGAUUCCCCGUCAUCGGGCCCAGCGCCUGUAGCUGAGGUCUUUAAUUCCAUCCGGGAGCGCACAAUUGCAGAGAACAGCAUGGUGGUCCUGCUGCAGGGUCUGCAGGGAGAGGUGACCACAGUGGACCUGAGGAACGAGAGCACGGCGCGGGGCCGUGUAGUCAACGUGGACGCCUUCAUGAACAUACGUCUGGAGGAUGUGCUGUACCGAGACAGACGGGGUAAGCUCACCCAGCUGCAGGACAUGUUUAUCACGGGCAGAAAUGUCCGCUACGUCCACAUCCCAGACCACAUGGACAUAAUGAAGACCAUUGAGAGCCAGCUGGCCAAGAUCCACAGAGUCCGCAACUUUGCCAGUCAUGGAGGAGGCAGAAAAGAGUUCAAGAAAACAAAAUGAAACUUGUUUUCUCUGUCGUAGAAGGAUAUGAAACUCAGUUGGGUACUGCUUGUGCAAGACCAGCCCAAAAAUACUUGGAGGCAACCAAGAAGCAGCACACUAGAUCCGCAGUUUACAACCUGAAGGGUCACAAAUGACACUUUCAUUUCCUCUGGCCUGCUGCAGAACUGCUCACAACUCAUGUGCACACUACGGCCACAAACUGUGAUGACGGGUCGCAAGUUGAAGUUUGGCAGUAUAGCCUGACCGAUACUGGAUUUUGUUUUGGGGUUGCCGUUGACAGUUAUUUUCAUGAUUAAUUAAACUGCAGAUUAUGUAAGGGGACCUAUUAUGCUUUACCUUAUUUUGUGUCUUAUAUAUAGUGUUACAUUGAAUGAUGUUCGUGUCAGACGACCAAAGUUCAAAUACUGACAGAAACGUAAAUAGAAGUAAUCACUGUGAGCAAAAACCUCAGCCUUCAGUCCGUUCUGAAUACUCUGCGUCCAACUUCUUGUGUUUUUUUUUACUCUGGCUACAGCAUGACGCAUCUUGUGCCAGAUUUCUUUAUAUGGUCAUCUUCUCCACACACAUUACUCUAAGUGUUUACAGUACACAGCCUACACUGCUACAGGAAGUUACAUGCUAAUGUCAGGGACCUUUUUAAUGUACUGAAACCUUUUUUUUUCAGUACUCUUUCUUUAAUGACAAAGAAAUCAAUUUUGAACAAGUGGCAGUCAACAAGCGAUUCUGUUCAUCUGCUAUUUUCUAAUUGCAUGCAAAGCUUAGUCUCUGUCAAACUGUCUGCUUGCUUGUGUGUGUGUGUGUGUGUGUGCGUGUGUCUGCUUGUCUCUCUCACUCUGUUUAGACACAGCUGAUAAAUAAACACAAUCACAAAUGGCAGUGGUGCUUUGCUAUUUCUAAAAUGAAAAAGGAAAGAAAACAGACCAGACAGACUGAAAUCAUUGGCACUACAGAGUUAGUUUUGGGUUGCCGGGAGGCUGACUGAGAUUUGCAGACAGCUUCGGGCUACCUCACAGCACUGCUGCUUCCUUUCUGAACCCAGCAGCUCCAUGGAGCUCUGUUGUCUCUUCCGUAAAGUGCUCAGAAGCCCAGAAGCUGGCCACAGAACAGCUUUCUUGUUUCGGGCCGCUUUGCAGUGCUUCCACUUCCUGUCUAAACCUGCCGUCUUCACCCAGGUGCGCUCUUGGGUACCUAUAUUGAGGACCAAUUCAUUUAACGUGAAUUGAUACCUGGUAGUAUCGACGCAAUUCGGUCAGAACCCUUAAAAAUACGGGCACCAUUACCCAACCCUAUUCAGAAAACAUGUCCACUUAGUUGUCUAUAUAAAUUUCUCCCUGAUUUCGGAUCUUAUUCCUGCUGGAACAUGUCCGGUUGGGUUUAGAAACUUUCACUGGUAAUUUUGAAGAUGGUUCAGAGACAGAGAUACAGAGUAUGCGGAAACACUGACUGAUUAGAGCAGACUGGGCCUUUUCAGAAGCGGGGCUUAAAGAGACAGGCACUACAACAGAGCAUUGCAGACAGGGUGAACACAGGUGUUCCAACACAGGCAGUAUGAGGAAAAUCAACUGUUUUUAACCAUUAAAGCAUAUAAACAUGUUCUAGUAGAAACCUAAAAUACAAUUAUGAACCUGAAAAUGAGCAUAGUAGGUCCUCUUUAAUGUUUUGCCAACAGAAUGUCACAAAACUGUAAAGCAUGACCAUUUUUAGUUCCCAGAGCCCACUGACAUCUUCUGAUGUCUUGUUAUAUUUAACCACAAAAACAAAAUACUGACUGAAAUACUACUGUUUUGGUACUCAAGUUUGAGGCUUAAUAACUGUUGUGUGAAAUACAAACAGGUAUUGUGAAUAAAGAUGCUUAACAUUAA